AUGAAUGAAUAUUGGAAGAGAAGUGGACAAAUACCAGCUUUUGGAAACUGGGAUAUUGCGAACGAGUUCCCAAUAACUCAAUAUUUCGAGAAUGCAAGACAAGCUGGUUUGAUUUGUUACACUUCUUCGUCCAGUGAAACUGAUUCAUAUGUGCGUCAACAACACGAUUACACUGUUGAGUUUAAGAAACAAGUUCCAAAGGCGACGCGAAUAAGGUAUAGGAAUGGUAUCGUUAAUGAAACAAGUACGAGAAAACACGGGAAAGUGUACCAUGCAACGGAAUAUCCAAGUAAACCAAUGAACGACGUCGUUUGCAUUGGUCAUGAGUUACCUUCAAAACAACUUCCAAAAGCAGUUGAUGAAGAUCUCUACAAGAUAUCUCCUCAACUUCUUCGCAAAACCAAAAGGAAGAAAAUGUUUGGUUUCAUUUUCAAGUGUCUGCUGCCUUGUGCCUGCGUUUCAUGA